AUGGCCAAGCCCAACCAGGUGUGUGGCCCAUCUGAUGCAGAGGCCAAGCAACUCCUCAAGAAAUUCAAAGACAUGCCAGAUGUUGGCAGCUUCACGAAGAUACAAAAUCAAGAGGAAUUCCUCCACAGUUGCUCGAUAAGGCUCCAUGAGCAGGCUUCUUCUCCCUACACCUACAAUGAGAUGCAAAUCAUGGCAGCAAUAGAGGAACACCAGUUGCAGCAAGACUGGCCGAUAGCCAGCCCAGGCCCAAACAUUGGGGAGAUUGGCACCGUGCUCUAUUGUGCCUUAAUAGGCAGCAGCGGGGACACCAGCAGCAGUGGGUGUGAAAUGAUGCAGCCUUACAAUCAAGGUUCUUGCUCAGGCCUCCCGUGGGCACUGUAG